AUGUUCCAAGACCAGCUGGCGGAGAAGGUCCGGCCUUUCAUAUACUUAAUAGAUGAAUUGAGAUCCAUAGGGAUAGAUAAGGAGAUGCCACUGCCAACCAUUGCUGUGGUGGGAGACCAGAGUUCAGGAAAGAGCUCUGUGCUUGAGACCCUUUCUGGGGUGGCGCUGCCCAGAGGGACUGGUGAGAUUCUGUAUUGUUUCCUGAAUAUACAAAAAAACAAUUGAAAUCUAUAUUAGCAUUUUAAAUGUCAUGCCCAAAUCACCCAAAGUCUCUGAAAGUGGUUGUUUAACUUAGACUUAAUUUGGGCAUUGACUAGUUUUUGGUUUGAAAAUGCUGAAGUUGGCGAUUUAGGACACUGGCAAGGUAAACAACCCUGAAGCAGGUUUUCACACUAUCCUUGUCCAUAGACAAGGUCAGGAAAUAUAUACAGUACAAUAGGACCACAGAGACAAGGACAUUGCUGAAAUGUUUAGAAUAUUCAAAUUAACUUGAUAACCGCAGCAAACCUGUUAAAUGCGUAUUUACUGUACAUGAGUUUUCUAACCAUUUAGUGACACUGUAAAUGUCUGACAUGCUUUUAGAUCAUUGAUUGUUCUGUUAUACAGUUUAAUGAUCUGUCAUUGGUACUUCCUUGUUUACAGGUAUUGUCACCAGGUGCCCACUGCUACUUAAACUGUGUAAUGACAGGUCAGUGAAAUGGGAGGCUGUCAUCUCAUACGGAGGCAAAUGCAGAUUUGAAUUUGACGAACCCUCAGAAGUCAUGAGACACGUUGAACAAGGUCAGAUGGGAACGAACAUACACACACACACGCACACACACGCAGACACGCACACACAUUAUUUUAUACUGUAUAUUAACCAGUGGAGGCUCCUCAGAGGAGGAAUGGGAGGACCAUUCUCCUCAGUGAAAUUCAGAAAAAUGUAAAUAGUGAAACAUUUAAAAAAGUUAUAUUUUUUAAAUAAAACUGUACUAAAUAUCACCAAAUAAUUGAUUAAAACCCACUGUUUUGCAAUGAAGGUCUACAUUAGCCUCAACAGCCUUCUGUAGGGUAGCACCAUGGUGUAGCCGGAGGACAUUUAGUUUCCGUCCUCCUCUGGGUACAUUGACUUCAAUACAAAACCUAGGGGGCUCAUGGUUCUCAUCCCCUUCCAUAGACUUACACAGCAAUUAUGACAACUUCUGGAGGAUGUCCUCCAACCUGUCAGAGCUCUUGCAACAUGAAAUGACAUGUUGUCCACCCAAUUAAAGGAUCAGAGAAUUAAUCUAGAACUGAAAGCAUAAGCUACAGCUAGCUAGCACUGCAAUACAUAAAAUGUGAUGAGUAUUUGACUCAAAGAGAGAAAAACAAUAGUUGAACAGUUUUCAACAAAUUAAUGUCUUCAAAAAUUAAGGAGAAGCAGGAGAGAGAGAGAGCUAUCUAUAUUUCAUUUUUACUUACUUAGCUAGCGAAUGCAGCUAGCUAGUUUAGCCUAGUCAAACACAAUGCUCAAACAGAGAGGGAUGCUAUGUUAGCUAGCUGGCUAUGGCAAUCCAACACAGGCACUCUUCCAAGUCAAGGUAAGCUUUUGUGUUUUAUUAGUUUUUAGCCACUGUCUCUGAAACACUGCCUGUGUCACUGCUAAACUGCUUGCUGCUGACUGAAAACUGUACUGCAUCAUUGUAGCAGCUGAUGUGUUGUGCCCCUAAGUCUACAAGCGAAGGGAAAAGGUGAGAGGAGGAGAGUGCGUAUAUGGGAGAAGGAAUUAGCUAUAGAAUGAUCAAAGGAAUCAUGCUGUUUGUAUUUUGCUGCUAUGAAAGUGAACUGUGAUUGCGUGUGAUCAGGGGUGUAUUCAUUCCACCAAUUAUGUUGAAAAAAUGUUUCUUAAACGGAAGCAAACGGAUUGAAAAAGGGACAAACAUACCUGAAUUUGUCCAAUAGAAACUCUCGUUUGCAACAGUUGGACUAAUGAUUACACCCUAGAUCAGUUAGAUGCAGGCAAGAGUGUGCAAGGCGGUAUUGAAUGUGUCAAUGUCUGUCACCUUGAUUACAAAAACGUCUCUCGACUUAUGUUGUAAACUUUCAUUUGUAGGCUAGGUUGUAGCAACCUCACGAUGGGUAUAGGGAAACUUAGAGUAUGAUAUAGUAGCCUAAACUUAUCGAUGUGACAUUGAGCUGGGUGAAUGGAAUACGUAUGUCAGUCAUCCAAUAUGCUGUAAUAGAAAAAAUGUCACCCCUGAUUCUAAAAAGAAAAUUUCUCCCUUAUUUUAAAUGGCCCCGACCGCCACUGACAUUGACAUAUCUAUUCUUAUUUUUGGUGGAAAAGUUGAUACGGUAUUUACCAUAGACAACUACAGAAUACGUAAUAUAUUAUAAUAAUAAGAGUUCAGUUGGGGUAUAAAUCAGACAGACAUACAAAAUAAUAAACACAUCUGUUUUUUCAUCAAUAUUGUAAUUGAUUUAACAGCUCAGAACACGUUAGCUGGAAAGGGAGUGGGGAUAUGUGAAGACCUGAUCACUCUACAGAUCACAUCCUCCACGGUGUGUGACCUCAGUCUGAUUGACCUACCUGGGAUCACCAGGGUAGCUGUGAAAGGACAACCAGAUGACAUUGGAGCCCAAGUAAGUCUAACGUUAAGAGUGUAUAGCUUUUGGACUUUUGUCCAGUACAUUGCUUGGUUAUCUCAUGGCUAUUGGUUCUCAUCUCAUGAUACACUAAUGAUGAAUUGUUUUAGCCGGGUGUACGGAAUUUUUACCAUAAUUGCUAGAAAGGUAGCUAUGAUGGUUAAAGCUGGUGAAAGGUACUUUGAAUGUGUUGGCUUUGAAGAAGGUUAAGCUUCAGAACCAUGAAAAACAGAGUGCCCCACACAGGGCUAUAUCACGGUAACAAGCGGUCGGCUACCCUCUUGUGGAUUAAUCAAAUAACUCGGUCAAAGGCUUGCAUCCUGACUGUCUGUCACAUUCGUCUUCCUUUUUUGCUAGAUCAACAAUCUCAUUACAAAAUACAUCAAGAAUAAGAGAACCAUUAUUUUGGUGGUGGUACCAUGUAAUGUUGACAUAGCAACAACAGAGGCCCUGAAAAUGGCACAAGAAGUGGAUCCUGAAGGCACAAGAACUCUGGGUAAAGAAAUGAUAUAGAUACAUGUAUUUUUUAUAGGGUUUAUGUAUUAGCAGUUAUCAUCAUGCUUUUCAUUUGCCUUCAAGCCAUUCUGACAAAGCCAGACCUGAUAGACCCGGGAGCAGAGAAGAAUGUGUUGGAAAUUGUCCACAAUGAAAUCAUCGUUCUCAAUAUGGGCUAUGUCAUUGUGAAAUGUCGUGGUCAGAAGCAAAUUGAUGAAAACAUGUCCAUAACUCGUGCGAUUGAGGAUGAGUUGGAAUUCUUCCAAAAUCAUGAACACUUCAGGUAAAAUGUGUUCUUGCCAUGUGUUAAGUGAACUAGCAUCUUUGUUUUUGAUGGCUUCACAUCUGAAAAUGUUCAGGGCCACAAACUGUGUGUUUCAGGAUUUUAUGAAAAAAUUAUAUUUUCCCACAUAUCCACUGAGAGUGGUUCCAUAUAGUAUUGAUGAAUGGUAUUUUCUUAUGAGUCCCAGGCCUUUUUAUUGCUCACUCACCUCCCUUCUCUUACAUUUCUACAUAUAGUACUUUUUAACAUUCAAAAUCAAAUAGCUAAAUGAUCCUUGGUGUGAUCAUCUUUAAACAAUUCCACAUGUUAACUUAGCUCAUGCACAUAUCUCUAGCUUAAACAGACAGAUUUUGAUGGGGAUUCUUUUAUUAUGUUAAUUAGAUUUACAUUGGGGCGUGACCAUUGUAGGCCAAGGGGUUAACUGACAUUUGUAUUUGACAUUUCUUAUACCAUUUUCGGGAUGAAAUACUGUUUUUGUUAAAUUUCUCUUCCUUUUAAUGUAUAGAUCCCUCUUGUGUCAGGAGAAGGCAACCACCAAGUGCCUAGCCACUAAGCUCAGCAAUGCCCUGGUCAAACAGAUCAAGGUUAGUCCAACCACAUACCCUAUGAUUAUCUGUUUCCAGUGCACACUGGAAAACAUGUGGUCUGGUACCAAUUAACUUGUUGUAUGUUUGCUCCUGGUCAGAAAUACCUGCCCCAGAUCUCAGAGAAGAUCAAGGAGCAGCUGGCGGAUGUAAAGAUUGCAUUGAGUAAAAUAGAGUGUGGGCCUCCUCUGGAACCUGAAGAGAAGAGAAAGUACCUCAUUCAG